AACACGACUCUAUCACGUUGGAUUAAAGCUAUCGAUAGUAUGGCCAAUAAAUAUUAUGGCCAAAAAUAUCCAAAAAAUAUACCCAGGAAUCUCGGUAUCUUAUCGCGUUGUCGGAGUAGGUAGGCAGCGGUGACGAAUCUUCAUAGGUGCAGACAGUAUAUCAGUAUAGCUUCGACUAUUGCUUAGUACUUAGGUUGAAUAAUAUUUCAUGAAUACUUUAGUCUAACCGUGUAUAGCGUUCGUAACGUACGGCAAAGUGGCGUGACUUUAAAUACAAUAAAAAUACAAAAACAAAAUGUGUCUGGGCUGUGUGUGCAAUCUGAUGUGCAAGCUGAUCAGCUUAGCGAUAUCCAUCCUUUUCAUCAUAGCAGUAGUGUUGCUUAUUCUUUGGGGUGUCGGAGUUAUAUUCCACCCAUACGGAGGUAACCCUCAAUACCCGCCGCCUCAGAACCAGAUCUACCCUCAACUGUACAACCAGCCGACCGCCCCUCCCCCCGGGCACCUCCCACCCGGCCAGCAGCCCCCUAUGAACCUGUCAUACCCAGCCGCCCAGCAGUACCAGCAGUACGCAUACCCCGGGCAGCCCUCGAUGCAGCCCGGGUUCGUGUACCAGCCUUACCCCGGCCAGCCUGGACAAGUGAUGCCGCCGGGGCAGGCCAUGCAGCCCGGGCAGCCGAUGCAAGCGGCUCCGCAAGCGCACAUGAUGCCGUACUACGCUGCUCCCCCGCAUCCGCAGUUUGCUGGUAAGUUUGUUACUGACUUGAUUGCACACCAUACUAUCUUUAAUAUCACCUUCCUCAAUACUACUAAUCCCAAUCCUUUCACCAUUUCAGCUGGAAUAGAAUGGGUGCCCUCCUCACCCCGAGAUGCCCCGUCUCUGUCUGACAGGGCAGUGGUAGCUGGGUAUGAGGGGCACGACAACAGUCCACUCUGGGUCAUCCGCGGCAAGGUGCAAGGAGACUUGCUGCCGGGCAAGCUUGCUGUGAAACAUCAUGCGGCAUAUGUUCCGUGGGAUGGGAAGGAGCAUGAAGUGCAUAAUAUUGAUGUGCUAUGUGCCCGUCCCGAGUGCAUCCGCUGGGUGUCCCACGCCGGCGGCUCCGCUAUCCCUCCCAACGCCAUCCCGGCCGGGAACACGGCGGCUGGGGAGGCCCUGUAUGUGGGCCGCGCCAAGGAACAGGGCUCGCUCACUCCAGGGAAGGUGCACCCCAGUCACAAGGUCCUGUACAUCAGCUUCGGAGGCCAAGAAAUAGGUCACAAAAAGUAUGAAAUACUGUGUACUGUUUAGAAUACUUCUAAGGUAUGUGCUUACGUUCAAUUAUAAAGUAAUUGUUGCCAAACGCAAAUGGGUAAACGUGGUAUUUUGGAAACUUUUGUAUUUUUUUUAAGUUUUUUAAGUAAGUAUUAUUAUUAUUAUAUACUGUUUUACAAAAUUGUUACGAAAUCUCAAAAAAAAUCUCUUUAAAGAAAAAUUAUGUGGAACAUGGAAGUAUUAAGUAUAAUAUUAUAAUUAUAAUAAGAAAUAUUAUAUUACUAUGAAAUGUGAAAAUAUAAAUUUGUAAACAGAUA